AUGAGUCGGCCAUCCAAGUCCCGCGAAGAGCUCGAAGACAACUAUGAUGAACCACUCCUGGACUCCGGCCGAUCCAGCCACGACGACGACGGCGACAUCGAACUCUCCCGCCUCGAACUCUCCGGCGGCGACCGAACACCCCUAAGCCACUACCGAAACCGAGAUGAAGAACCACCACCCCCGAAACGCGUCUCCAUGCUCUGGAUCGCCCUGGCCCUCGCCGUCUGCGUUCUAGGUUUCACAAUCAACACCGAAGCGACCGCCUACUUCGAAGACGAACUCGGCUGGAAGAAACCCUUUGCAACCCUCUACAUCACCCACUCCUCCCUCAUCCUCCCCUGGAUCGUCCACCUCGCCUAUCUCCGCUGGCAAUCCCGCGACGUCCCCUACACAGUCUGGGUGCGGGACUACAACAACUCCCUCCGCUCCUCCAUCUCCACCAUCGACGCCUUCGCAACCUCCGCUCCCCGCCUGGUCCUCAAACUCCCCGGCCACACCGCGGGCCCACUCGACUUCCUCGCCUCCUCAAUGGCCAUCGUCACACUCGUCCUCACCGCAAGCGGCAUGUCCUGGUUCCUAUCCCUCUCCCUCACCACCCCAGCGGACCUAACAGCAAUCUACAACUGCGCGACCUUUUUCGCCGCCGCCUUCUCCGUCCCCUUACUCAAAGAAAAACUCGGCUGGAUCAGCAUCCUCGCCGUCGCCCUCUCCAUCAUCGGCACCUUCACCAUCGCUUACGGCGACACGACAGCCGACCACUCCGACGGUUCCGACGACGCGAUCGGUGGCUCGCGGUUACUGGGUAAUGUGAUUGCGUGUGGAGGCGCGGUGGCGUUUGGGUUGUAUGAGGUGUUGUUUAAGAAGUGGGCGUGUUCGUCCCGGCCGGAGAGUCAGGAGUCGAGUUUACCGCUCACGUUGGCGGCGAGUGCGUUGACGGGGGCGUAUACGUUUGCGGUGUUGUGGGUGGGGUUGGUGGGAUUGCAUGUUUUGGGGUGGGAGACGUUUAGUGUUCCGAGUGCGUAUGCUUGUUUGUGGAUUGCGAUUGCGGUUUUGGCUGGAUCUAUAUCUAUUACUUUAUUGGUUGUUCUGGUCAUCUGGACGGAUCCAGUUUUCGGGAGCAUGGCGAAUGUAUUGAGCGUAUUCUUCGUAGCGCUUGCAGACUGGGUGGUCUGGGGAUUGAGUCCAUCGUUCGCGACGUAUACCGGUGGUGCUCUAAUCUUUGUUGCAUUUGGACUGUUAUCAUAUGACUCUCUGGUCGUGAAGAAGAGGGUUGACAUAUAG